UCAUGUGCAUGACAGUUCAAAUGGCAUAUUUGAUUCAAGUGAUUUGUUAUUUUUAAAUACAAAAUUAAAUCGACAAUGGUCAUAUCAAUUGGAUUUGAAGGUAGCGCCAAUAAAAUUGGUGUCGGCAUCACCCGAGAUGGCGAAGUUAUAUCGAAUGUGAGACGAACAUAUAUUACCCCACCCGGUGAAGGAUUUUUGCCACGCGAAACGGCUCAACAUCAUCGGCAGGUCAUCCUCCAAAUUUUACGUGAAGCAUUGGAACAAUCUGGCAUGCAACCGGCCGACAUCGAUGUCGUUUGUUUUACAAAAGGACCGGGGAUGGCUCCACCAUUACUUACAGUGGCCAUUGUGGCUCGGACCAUUGCACAAAUUUGGAAUAAACCAUUGCUUGGCGUCAAUCAUUGCAUUGGACACAUUGAAAUGGGACGUCUCAUAACCAAAGCCAAUAAUCCAACUGUGUUAUAUGUUAGCGGUGGUAAUACACAAGUCAUAGCUUACUCAUUAAAACGUUAUCGCAUUUUUGGCGAAACAAUCGAUAUUGCCGUCGGUAAUUGCUUAGAUCGUUUUGCACGAAUCAUUAAGCUAUCAAAUGAUCCAUCACCUGGAUAUAAUAUUGAACAAUUGGCAAAGAAUGGAAAGAAAUUCUUAACAUUGCCAUAUUCAGUAAAGGGAAUGGAUGUCAGUUUUUCGGGUCUUUUAUCUUAUAUUGAGAAAGUUGUGAAAACACAAAAUGCCAAACCACACAGUGAAUCACAUUACACCAACGAGGAUUUGUGCUUCUCAUUGCAAGAAACCGUAUUCGCUAUGCUCGUUGAAAUAACAGAACGAGCAAUGGCACAUUGUGGAUCGGAGGAGGUGCUGAUUGUUGGAGGUGUUGGAUGCAACGAACGUUUGCAAGAGAUGAUGGGCAUCAUGUGCGAGGAACGUGGAGCCAAACUAUUUGCCACAGAUGAACGAUUUUGUAUUGACAAUGGAGUAAUGAUAGCUCAUGCCGGCGCCGAAAUGUUUCGUUCGGGAACAAGAAUGCCAUGGAAUGAUGCAACAAUUACACAAAGAUAUCGAACGGAUGAAGUUGAAGUUACAUGGAGAGAUGACUGAUACAUAAAGUUAUAUGAUUGACGAAACCGCAUUAAAUUGUAUUGAAUUCAAAUAAAAUUUGCUUCAAAUUUAAA